CAUCUGGCACCUGGUGCUGAUCCUGAUAACUCCUCUAAGAGACUGGAUCAUCCCUGGGGGGGUUGUGUGUGUGUGUCUCACAUUGAGUGCCUAUACUGUUGACACAAAGCACAGCUCUUGCUUCAAAGGGAAUAAGGCAUGGUUUAUUCUGAGCUCAGUAUGAGAGACCAUGCCCUGGGAACACGGCUUAGGGUUACCCCAAGUAAAAUCUCUCUCAUGGAAGGAGUUAUACAAACUUUUGGCCACAGAGCACAAAAUAGUCAGAAAUUAGUGUAUUUACUGAAUAUAUUGGUGGGGACAUCAGGUAGGUAGGUUACAGCCAAGCAGUAAAUCUCUGCUAUAGGUUUCAGAUACUACUUAAUGACAUCUUUAGCUCUUGAUGAUUUAGUGGAAGCUUGUGUUCUUUGAAGUCAAUGCAUUCCAAAGGUCUUCCUUCAUAAUCAAAAGGAUGUUGGUGUCCUAUCCAAGGGUCUGAAGAUAGCCCAAGUAUUACAGGUGGGAGAAGGCCCAUAUCCCUCUCUGUGGGCGCCUCAGGCAGCUUUGGAUGUGGGGGCAACAGUGAGAAGGUGAAGCUCUCUCUGAAGGAUGUAGCUGAGCUGCUUCGUACCAGAGCCUGCAGGAGGGUCGUGGUCAUGGUGGGGGCUGGCAUCAGCACACCCAGUGGCAUCCCGGACUUCAGAUCCCCGGGAAGUGGUCUCUACAGCAACCUUCAGCAGUAUGACAUCCCGUACCCUGAGGCCAUCUUUGAACUUGGCUUUUUCUUUCACAACCCCAAGCCCUUCUUCACCUUGGCCAAGGAGCUGUACCCUGGGCACUAUAGGCCUAAUGUCACUCACUACUUCCUUCGAUUGCUUCACGACAAGGAACUGCUUCUGCGGCUCUACACACAGAACAUUGAUGGACUUGAGAGAGCGUCUGGCAUCCCUGUCUCCAAGCUGGUUGAAGCUCAUGGGUCCUUUGCAUCAGCUACCUGCACCGUCUGUCGAAGGUCCUUCCCGGGGGAGGACUUCAGGGCUGAUGUGAUGGCAGACAGGGUGCCCUGCUGCCCUGUCUGUACUGGAGUUGUGAAACCUGACAUUGUGUUCUUUGGGGAGCCGCUGCCUGCAAGGUUCUUACUACAUGUGGCUGAUUUUGCCCUGGCAGACCUGCUACUCAUUCUUGGGACCUCCCUGGAGGUGGAGCCUUUUGCCAGCUUGUCUGAAGCAGUACAGAAGUCAGUGCCCCGACUGCUCAUCAACAGAGACUUGGUGGGGUCCUUUGCUUACAGUCCUCGCAGUACAGAUGUGGUCCAGCUAGGCGAUGUAGUUCAGAGUGUGGAAAGGCUGGUGGACCUCCUGGGCUGGACACAAGAGCUGCAGGAUCUCAUCCAGCGGGAGACUGGAAAGCUGGAUGGACAGGACAGAUAAGACUAUGGCCUCAUCACCUGCGGGAAAUCACACAGGAGAUCCUCUUUCCAGGGAGACCUCAUGCCCGAACACAGCUCGGACAGGUUUAUAAGUCUGGGCCAAACCACUGUGUGUGACCUGGCUAGUGGUCUUCUGAGACUGCCUUUGGAAGUUUACCCUUAGAGCCAUGCCAUCACAGUGCAAAGGAGCUCCUUGUGUGCUGUCCCAUCCCUGCUGAAGCCUGUAGUGCAGAAUGCUUCUUUCUGGCAGUGGUCCUUACGAUUAUCAGGAGCCAGCAUGUCCAUCCAUCACCAGACCCAGGUGAUACAUGAGGGUAAUCUAGCAUGUUGGUCUCUACAGAGGCAUCUUUACUAGAGAGAAAUAAAAACUUCAUUUCUUGCAUGAAAUAAAUUUUAGUAUAAAAACUUGG